AGCGGAGACAAAGCGGGAGCGCCGGGCUGUUAAAGGGGAGGUUUGGGGCCUGGCGGAGAGCGGGCCGCGGCGAUCACCGGGGUUUCGUGACAGGUGAACAGUUAACUGGCGUGAAACCUCUAUGUACAGGCUGCUUUCACGUUUUGUAAAAGUUUUGAGUGGACUAGAGAAGACUCGUCCUGUACAAAGUCAACUAAAUACUUUGGGAGUUGAAAGCCAAAGCAUUUCCACGCUCUUUUAUGUUACAUAUUUUCAGGUCCAGCUUGUUCAUCCCUUCUCUGCACAUUUGGUUGUUAACAGUAACUGGCUGUUAGCAGAGCAAGUUGUGAGACAUUGUGCUUUUAGCCCAGUUGUGGUGACAUUCUCUUGGGCUCCUAACUGUACAUUUUUCAUAUCAAAAGCCAAAAUGCCAGAGCAGCGAUAUUGUGUGGACUAUGCAAAGCGUGGCACAGCUGGCUGCAAGAAAUGCAGGGAGAAGCUCCCAAAAGGAUCAGUGCGGAUUGGAAGAAUUGUGCCAAAUCCCUUUUCCGAGGGAGCUGAGAUGAAGGAAUGGUAUCAUAUAAAAUGUAUGUUCGAGAAACUGGAAAGAGCCCGACUAAGUACCAAGAAGAUUGAUGACUUGACUGAUCUUGAAGGUUACGAAGAGCUUCAGGAUCCUGAGAGGGAUUUGAUCAAUCAACAUAUUAAAGAACUUGCGGUCAAGAAUGGCUUGUUAUCCUCAAAAGUCAAACCUUCCCAAAGUAAACCGACAGCAGUCACUCCAUCACCUCGUAAAUUCUCUGGCUUCUCUGCUAAAGCAGGGACCCCCAGUGAAGAGCCGUCUACCUCCAGAAGUGCACCAUCAGUUGUAAUGUGUGACCCCAACCACAAGGAUUGUUCCUUGCGGGAAUUCCGUAAACUGUGCGCCAAUAUUGCAGACAAACCGAGCUAUAAUACUAAAACGCAGAUCAUACAGGACUUUCUGAAGAAGGGCACUGGUGGAGAUGGUAAAUUCCACGGAGAUGUAUAUCUGACUAUAAAGCUACUUUUACCAGGUGUGGUGAAAACUGUGUACAACCUAAGUGACAAACAGAUUGUCAAACUGUUCAGCAGAAUAUUUAACUGCAACCUUGAUGACAUGGUUCGAGACUUAGAGCAGGGUGAUGUCUCUGAGACUGUGCGCAUCUUUUUUGAACAGAGUAGAGGUUUUCCCCCUGCUCAUAAGAGUGUCAUGACAAUUCAAGAUGUUGACGCAGCUCUCACGCAGCUUUCUAAACUGACCAGGGAAGAAGAUCAACAGAAGGAGCUGCAGACUAUUGCUUCCAAAUGCACAGCUAAUGACUUGAAAUGCAUUAUCAGAUUGAUUAAGCAUGACCUACGGAUGAAUUCUGGUGCAAAACACGUGUUGGAUGCUCUAGACCCCAAUGCUUAUGAUGCAUUCAAAGCUUCCCGUAAUUUGCAAGAUGUGGUUGACCGUGUUCUCCAGAACCAGCAAGAGUCUGAGCGAGUACCUGGAAUGAAGAAAACACUCAGCAUUAAGGCCAACCUUUUAACCCCAAUACAACCGAUGCUGGCUGAAGCCUGCAAAUCAAUUGAAUACGCUAUGAAGAAAUGUCCAAAUGGAAUGUAUGCAGAGAUCAAAUAUGAUGGGGAGAGAGUUCAAGUGCACAAGAAUGGAGACACCUUCCAAUAUUAUAGCAGAAGCCUAAAACCGGUAUUACCACAUAAAGUUGCUCAUUUUAAGGAUUUUAUUCCCAAAGCUUUUGUUGGUGGUGACAGUAUGAUUUUGGAUUCUGAGGUUCUGCUGAUUGACACAAACACUGGAAAACCACUCCCUUUUGGAACACUGGGUAUCCAUAAGAAACUUGCUUUCAAGGAUGCUAAUGUUUGUCUUUUUGUCUUUGACUGCAUUUAUUUUAAUGGAGUCAGUCUCAUGAACAGACCAAUUAGUGAACGAAAGCAAUUCCUUCAUGAUAACAUGGUUGAAAUCCCAAACAGGAUCAUGUUUUCUGAGAUGAAGCAUGUAACAAGGGCCUCUGAUCUGGGAGAAAUGAUCAAUAGAGUUAUCAGAGAGGGACUAGAAGGACUGGUACUGAAAGAUGUUAAGAGUCUCUAUGAACCGGGCAAACGUCAUUGGCUAAAAGUAAAAAAAGACUAUCUCAAUGAGGGUGCGAUGGCUGAUUCUGCAGACCUUGUUGUGCUGGGAGCUUUCUAUGGGCAAGGGAAUAAAGGUGGGAUGAUGUCCAUCUUCCUGAUGGGCUGUUAUGAUCCCAAUACAUCACAGUGGUGCACAGUGACCAAAUGUGGAGGUGGCCAUGAUGAUGCAACACUAGCACGAUUACAGAAUGAACUCGACAUGGUGAAAAUAAGCAAGGAUCCAAGCAAAGUGCCAAGCUGGCUAAAUGUCAGCAAGAAUUACAUACCUGACUUUAUUGUUCGAGAUCCAAAGAAAGCACCGGUUUGGGAAAUCACUGGAGCAGAAUUCUCUAAAUCAGAGGCCCACUCUGCAGAUGGGAUAUCAAUCCGGUUCCCACGGUGCACCCGGAUCCGUGACGAUAAAGAUUGGGAAACUGCAACCAACCUUCCUCAACUCAAGGACUUGUACAGGGUGUCUAAAAUGAAUGAAAGUGCUGAUAUUGUGGUAGUUUCUGAGAAAGAUGAUGAUGAAUGGCCCUCAGGAGGUUCUGGGACUUCUGAUGUGACAUCGAAACUGACCCCACGUGGUUCAAACCCUCCCUCCAAAUCACCUGGGAAGAAAAGUAAGAGUGAUGGAGGUAACAGAACCUUCCAAAAAUCACCACCUGAAAGUUCAGCAGGAAAGAAGAUGAAGAGAAAAUUGCCAGCACCAGAGCAGAACGGAAAGAAGAUCAAAUCACCCAUUACUGAAAAGAGUAAUGGCUCUUUGCUUUCCAGUCCAUCUCUGCCACCUUCUCCUAACCAGACUUUGCUGGACAUAUUUACAGGGGUAAAACUUUAUUUGCCUGCAUCAGUGCAAGAUUUCGACAGAAUCCGCCGGUACUUCAUUGCAUACGAUGGUGACCUGGUUAAAGAGUAUGACGUAGCGACAGCAACACAUCUGAUUGGUGAAGUGAAGGAUAAUACAUGUGCCAAACGGGUCUCUGUGAAUUGGAUAUGGGAGUGCAUCAAGAAAAGGCGGCUGGUUCCACCAUUCUGAAAGGUUGCAUUCUUCAUAACAACUCAGAGCAAAAGGACAAAACUCUCAAAUUUGAGAUUAACUACUUUCCUGAGAGAUUUUAGAUUUAUAAUCUUCUGUAUUAGGGGAAUGAAUGAGAUUGGACAUUGGAAUUCUGUGCUUGGUGUCAGGUAUACAAUUCUAGACUUGCAUAGUAUGAAGACCUAUGGAAAGAAGUGCUGCAGGUGUCCUUCUUUAAUGCUUCUGUUUGUGACGUACAUAACAAUUUCUGCACUGUGGUGCUAUACCUGACUAUCUUCAAGGCCAUGGAAACGUGCAUUCCAAUCCACAGACCUAAUGGGAACCUAACUUGCAAAACAGCUUGUGGAGAGACAAUUUCUUGAAGAGCAAUGACUGGUGCUUAACCUGGAGUCAUAAUGACUUUCUAUGAGUAAUAAAAUUUAUUGCAUUUGUUUAUAUGUGGUUGAAAUCUAUAGUACAUGAGCUUAAAAAUAAAUACAAAAAAAUUGCAGAUGCUGAAAAUUAGAAACAAAAGCAGCAAAUGCUGGAAUAAAACUCAGCAGGGCGGGGAAAGAAAUGUUUUGAGUCUGCGAUCCUUUGUUGUAGACCCGAAACAUUGAUGACUGCUCUUUCCACAGAUACUGCCUGACCUGCUAAGUUUUACCAGCAUUUUCUGUUUUUGUUUCAACUUAGACAUGAUUUUUGCGGAUGCAUAUCUCUCUAACCUGACCUCCUUGAUUCUUGAGCUUAAAGUAAGCUGCAACAUUUACAGAGGACAAAGAUUUAGGGUGAAGCAUUAUAAAGGUGCAUUUCCUCCGUUAACUAAUGACAUGUGCAGUAUUUGCAGCCCUUGGUGUGUUACUGAGGCAUUUAAGUUAAAUCAUUGGUCUGUUGAAUUUAGCUGUUCUCAGCCGAGUAGUGGAUGGAUGUCAACACCAUGAGACCAUGGUCCUCUGCUAUUCUCUCAUUAUCCCCUGUGAGUGUCACACAAAGAUGUUGUGAUGCUCUUCCAUGAGAAUGGCCAUUUGGACAAAGCUCUGGUGCAAAUAAUUUCUCCACUUCCUUUCUAGCUUUUUUUUUAUUCUUUGUAACUAUUGUAUAUAAUAUGAACAUUUACAUUAAGUGGCCAGGUGACGGUUUGGAAUGCUGCUGCAGUUUCCACAAUGAUGUUACAUUACCCAUCACAGAUCUGCUCAAACCUCUGCAAACAAAUUGGAUUUUUUUUAAACCUACUCUUUUGGCAUUAUAUUUUUUCCUUGCCUAUCUUGCAGCUUGGCAGGAUAUCAAUAAAAGUCCUUUG